UGGGCGUUAGAGUGGGACGUGUCUUGUGGAGGACUCAGCUCAUCCCCAUGUAUGUUCUCUGUACCUGAUGGUGACCGAGUGAUUCCCGCCCAGGCUCCUCUGCUCAGUUCCCAGGAAGGUAUCUUGAGCCUCGUCCGCAGCCUGAGAUGUCCUGCCUUGUUUCCCUCCCAAGCCAUGGAGCUGUUCUUAGCUGUUUGCUCAUCUCGGGACCCACGGCUCUGGUCUUCCAGGUGCUCAGACACCGUUCGCUUCUGACUCAAGAUGAUCUGAUGUCUGAAGUGGACUCUUACCAACCAUGAUGGCUACACAGACGCUAAGUAUAGACAGCUAUCAAGAUGGACAGCAAAUGCAGGUGGUCACAGAGUUGAAAACAGAGCAAGAUCCCAACUGCUCUGACCCGGAUGCAGAAGGAGUGAGUCCUCCUCCCAUCGAGUCUCAGACGCCAAUGGACGCUGACAAGCAGGCCAUUUAUAGGCACCCGCUAUUUCCAUUGCUAGCCUUGUUGUUUGAGAAAUGUGAGCAGUCCACACAGGGCUCAGAAGGCACGACGUCUGCCAGCUUUGAUGUGGACAUUGAGAACUUUGUCAGGAAGCAAGAAAAGGACGGGAAGCCCUUCUUCUGUGAAGAUCCGGAAACCGACAACUUAAUGGUGAAGGCGAUCCAGGUCCUGCGCAUUCAUCUUCUUGAACUGGAGAAGGUUAAUGAGCUCUGUAAAGAUUUCUGUAGUCGGUACAUUGCUUGUCUGAAGACGAAAAUGAACAGCGAGACCCUGUUGAGCGGGGAACCUGGAAGUCCGUACUCCCCUGUGCAAUCCCAGCAGAUUCAAAGCGCCAUCACAGGCACUCUGAGCCCCCAGGGAAUUGUGGUGCCAGCAUCAGCCCUGCAACAGGGAAAUGUAACCAUGGCAACAGUGGCAGGUGGCACAGUGUACCAGCCUGUCACCGUCGUCACUCCACAAGGCCAAGUGGUCACGCAGGCGUUAUCUCCUGGGACCAUUAGGAUCCAGAACUCGCAGCUUCAGUUGCAGUUGAACCAAGACCUCAGCAUCUUGCAUCAAGAGGAUGGCUCCUCCAAGAACAAGAGGGGUGUCCUGCCGAAGCACGCCACCAACGUGAUGCGGUCCUGGCUCUUUCAGCACAUAGGGCAUCCCUACCCAACAGAGGAUGAGAAAAAGCAGAUUGCUGCUCAGACAAAUUUGACACUACUUCAAGUCAACAACUGGUUCAUCAAUGCCCGAAGACGAAUUCUCCAGCCAAUGUUGGAUUCCAGCUGUUCAGAGACUCCAAAAACAAAGAAAAAACCUGCUCAGAACAGGCCAGUUCAGAGGUUUUGGCCAGACUCUCUUGCAUCGGGAGUGGCACAAACAACACCCAGCGAGCUUGCCAUGUCGGAAGGUGCCGUUGUGACCAUCACCACCCCUGUGAACAUGAAUGUGGACAGCCUUCAGUCCCUGUCCUCAGACGGGGCCACCCUGGCCGUCCAGCAGGUCAUGAUGGCAGGGCAGAGUGAGGACGAGUCGGUGGAUAGCACGGAGGAUGAGAGCAGUGCACUGGCGCCCACACACAUCAGCGGGCUGGUGCUGGAGAACAGCGACUCCCUUCAGUAGGACGCACGACACGAUGGGGCCAGUGUGGGCUGGGCGCCAGACUCUACUGUUUGCACAGCAAACGUUUUACACAGUUGUCUUUGUAACCUGUUUUCUAUGUAGAUCUAGAAGAGUGCACUUUUGUAUUUCACAGCAAGCUUCAAGACGUCUUUGCUGGUGCAGCGACUUCCUUCAGAUGUGCGUGUGUGAGUUUUUAAUGCUAGAAACGUGACAAGUGGCCCUGCCCCUUGAGUCCCUGACGAGAUUAAGGAACAGUGCUGCCAUUUUGUAAAAAAUUAUGCAGUUGCAAUUGAGUUGUGUGGUUUACAGCAGGUCUGGGGGCCGCUGCUGGUGUUGCCCACAGGUCUGAAAGAUGACCUGCACAUGGGCUGCAGAGCGAGAGGACGCUGGCCCUGGUGGGCUGUGGGUGCCCACGAUACACUUCAGUUCUCUCGGGCAGCAUUUGCCUGUUUCAUUUGCUAUAUAGAAAAAGAAACUCCUAUUUUUACCUUGCUGGGAUUAUUGGAUAAAAAGCUAUUUUUAUAAAUCAGUUAUUAAUUGGAUUAUGACUAUAUUGAGGAUAAAUUUCUAGAGAAGCAACA